AUGUGGGAAGGAUGCAAUUUGCCAAACCGUAGUCGGCCAACCAAUACGUCGAUGAAUUUAAAUCCGGGAGCUGUGAUACAAACUGUGAGCUCCCACCUCGAUCGUUGUGAGUGGCGAGAAAUACAGCCGAAACUUCGAAUGACUACUACGGUUCUUGACAGAGAGAACAGACUGUCCACUGUUGCAGCUGAAGACGGCGGACAUCAGAGCUACCAUCACACCCACUACUACAAACUGACACAGAGACAACCGAUCCGGCCAAGCCCAGCACUGCUACGACUAGAAGCGAUCAGCGAAUUGCAAGCGGACACGACGUUCCAGAACAGCAGUGAUCGAGCUGGACAACCAUACAUGACAAACAGAGAUGCUUACUGUGGUCUAGUCCAGUAA